AGCAAUACACGUUGCGCCGCCGACUUAAGCGGAUCCGCGGCAUUAGCUGCACCGUUGUUUAUAGGGCCAUAUAACAAUAUACAAUAUAUUAUAUACAAUACAUAAGGGAACGCAACUGCUAUAUAGAUUUAUAUAGUGUAUAGUAUUGUAAGUCUCUUUUUUUUUUUACAAUUUUUUUUUCCGAGUGAAGUACUACUAAAAAAUAUAUUUUUAUUCGCCGUCGAAAUCGUAUAAAUAUUUCCGUUUCUGUUUAAAUAGGGUUCGCUCCUUUUUCACCCGUCUCUCUCUCGCUUUAUCUGUCUCCGUCUUACUGGAUAUAUCUUUCUUUUUUUCCUCAACGUUUCAAUUACAAGUGAAUAUCCGAGACCAGAUUUCGCAACGUUAUGCUCAGUCCGGACGUCAUCCGCCACAUCCGUUUACGCGCGAUUUGAACCGAAACCAGAACGUAAGAAGGAAAAAAAAAUUUUGUCUUCGACUCGGCACUACAAAGGCGGAUCACAAAAGGAUUUCAAUAAAAAUCUGCAAUCAUGGCUCGUGACACGCCUGAUGAAAUGGUUCCUCUUGAGUUGGUCAUCCCGGGCAACGCAAAACGAGGGUCGGUAGUGACCAACCGUAUAGUAGACAUUAACGCGGACGGACUACCCAACGGUCAUUCCAACAUGGUUAUCCAAAAACCACUUAAGCUUAGAAACAUCAUAACCAAAGCGGAAGUUUUCGAUUCGUUACACCAAAACUCUACGCAGACACCUUCGUGUACCCAUAAAGCUUGUUUGGGCAGCGUCAUGAGUCAUGAAUUUCAAAAUUCUAUAGUUAGACCAAAACAUGAAGUACUACGGCUGGCCGAUGACUUCUUGAAACAAUAUUUUGCAUCUAUUAAAAGAUCCAAUAGUCCAGCGCAUAUGGUUAGAUGGGAACAAGUGCAACAAGAAGUCAACUCGACAGGCACUUAUCAACUUACCGAAACGGAAUUGGUUUUCGGUGCUAAAUUAGCUUGGAGAAAUUCAUCCAGAUGUAUAGGUCGCAUUCAAUGGGCCAAAUUGCAGGUGUUUGAUUGCCGAUCAGUGACCACGACCAGUAGCAUGUUUGAAGCGAUUUGCAACCACAUUAAGUACAGCACGAACAAGGGCAACAUCAGAUCUGCUAUAACGGUAUUUCAACAAAGGACCGAUGGGCGGCACGAUUUCCGAGUAUGGAAUGCGCAAAUUAUUUCCUAUGCUGGAUACAAACAACCCAACGGCACAUAUAUUGGAGAUCCUUUGAACGCAGAAUUCACCGAAGUGUGCAUGAAAUUAGGAUGGCGGGGCAAAGGCACAAAAUGGGAUUUACUGCCUUUGGUGUUAUCGGCAAACGGGCAUGACCCGGAUUAUUUUGAUUUACCAAGAGAACUAGUAUUGGAAGUUCAGCUCGUUCAUCCGACGUUCGACUGGUUUGCAAGUCUUGGCCUCCGUUGGUAUUGUCUUCCGGCAGUUUCGAGCAUGAUGUUUGACUGUGGAGGUAUUCAAUUCACAGCUUGCCCUUUUAAUGGCUGGUAUAUGAGUUCGGAAAUCGGAUGCAGAAACAUGUGUGACCCUCAUAGGUAUAAUGUCUUAGACACAGUUUUAGAUCACAUGAAGAACGACAUAAAUCACUAUGGGUUUUUAAAGAAAGACCGAGCCCUGGUAGAAGUGAACUUGGCGGUACUGUACAGUUUCCAAUCGAACAAUAUUACAAUUAUGGACCACCAUACCGCAAGUGAAUCUUUCAUGAAACACUAUGAUAACGAACUAAGGACAAGAAAAGGAUGCCCAGCUGACUGGGUGUGGAUAGUACCUCCAAUAUCUGGGUCAAUAACGCCUGUGUUUCAUCAAGAAAUGGCUAACUAUGAACUGCAGCCUACUUAUUCGUAUCAAGAAGCCGCUUGGAAAUCGCACGUAUGGAAAAAAGGGCAAAAUCAAGGCAAGUCGUUAAAAAAACAACGCAGAAAAUUCCAUUUUAAACAAAUUGCCAGAGCUGUUAAGUUCACAUCGAAAUUGUUUGGUCAAGCGUUAUCCCGGAGGAUAAAAGCCACCAUACUUUAUGCCACAGAAACGGGAAGAUCGGAAAUGUACGCCAAGAAAUUAGGAGAAAUAUUUGCACACGCAUUUCACUCUCAGGUGAUGAGCAUGGCCGAAUACGACAUGACAAGUAUUGAACACGAAGCAUUGCUAUUGGUAGUAGCAUCGACUUUUGGAAAUGGAGAUCCACCGGAGAACGGACAAGAGUUCGCUCAGCAGUUGUAUUCGUUGAAAAUGGAACACGAAGGCAGUUAUUCCAAUAAACCUUUAAUCAUCAAAUCUUCGCCACUCAGUUCGGCGUCGUUCAUAAAAGCAAACAGUCUUUCAGAAAGUCUUUUUUCCGAAUUAAACGACUCGUUCAACAAGGACUCGACGGAUGUUGAUAACUUUGGACCUCUUGGGAACGUAAGAUUUGCCGUUUUCGGUUUAGGCUCGAGCGCAUACCCUAACUUUUGUGCGUUUGGAUCGUACGUGGACAACCUUCUCGGUGAACUUGGCGGAGAGCAGUUAAUCAAGCUCACGAAGGGUGACGAAAUGUGUGGCCAAGAACAAGCGUUCAAAAAAUGGGCCACAGAUGUUUUUCACGUUGCUUGCGAUACAUUUUGCUUGGACAUGGACCAAACACUCAGUGAAGCUUCACAAUUACUUCACAACGAAAAACUGUCCGCGUCUACGGUCCGUUUCGUGCCCAGUGAACUAGAAGACCUUCAUUCAGCAUACACUCGCUAUCACAACAAAAAAGUGUGGAGAUGUCGAAUAGGCGAUAAACAAAACUUAAUGAGUCACAGCGAAGACAGCAGGAGUGACCGAGUAACGCUGUGGAUUGAAAUCAAUGUAGACGACUGGAAAGCAUCAGACAAGGUUAUGUACGAACCGGGCGACCAUGUUGGUAUGUUUGCAGCAAAUAGAUCUGAACUCGUGUCCGGUAUUAUACAACACUUAGACUCUGAUCAAGACCCCGACCUACCUAUGGAGUUGCAAGUGCUCAAGGAAAAACAUACAUCUACUGGAGUUGCUAAAAAUUGGCUGGCACACGAAAAACUUCCCAGGUGCUCCCUAAGAACGUUAUUAACGCGGUUUUUGGACAUCACUACACCACCUACUCCGAAUAUGCUGCAGUUCUUUGCCUCGUACGCUACGGACUCGACCGAUAAGAAAAAUCUCACACUCUUAGCAACGGACAGCGCGGCUUACGAAGACUGGCGUCAUUGGCAUCUUCCAAAUCUUUUCGAAGUUUUCCAAGAAUUCCCAUCCACCAAACCACCAGCCGCUCUGCUGGUUGCACAACUUACACCGUUACAGCCGAGGUUUUAUAGUAUUUCGUCGUCGAGUCAGUUGCACCCACAUCAAGUACAUCUUACGGUCGCCGUUGUCACCUACAGAAGUAAAGGCGGAAAGGGACCAAUACACUACGGAGUUUGUUCCAAUUUCUUGUUAGAAACCGACAAAAACGACACGCUGUACAUGUUUGUUCGAAGCGCGCCAAAUUUCCAUUUGCCCGAGGACGUGACCAAACCGUUAAUACUGGUGGGCCCCGGCACAGGCAUUGCGCCGUUCCGGGCUUUCUGGCAACACAGAUUCGCACAAAAGAAAAAUGGAAUCGGUACACACAACACGUCUCGUAACGCUUACGCAAAAAUGGGUAGAGUCAUGCUGUUUUUCGGGUGUCAAUAUAGAUCACUGGAAUUGUACAAAACCGACAAAACCGCCAUGCUCAACGAAGGCGUGCUCGAUAAGGUCUACUUGGCGCUGUCCAGAGAAUCAUCAAUACCUAAGACUUAUGUGCAAGAUCUCAUGUUGAAGGAGUCAAAAAUGAUUUAUGAGCUUAUUGCCGUGGAAAGGGGACACUUUUACGUAUGCGGCGACUGCAAAAUGGCUGAAAACGUAUACCAGACACUCAAAUCCAUUAUUCAAGAGCAAACCGGCAUGAACUCUACACAGUCGGAUAACUUUAUGCUGGGAUUGCGGGACGACAACCGUUACCAUGAAGACAUAUUCGGCAUAACUCUACGAACGGCCGAAGUGCAUCACAAGUCCAGAGAGUCGGCUCGAAUACGAAUGGCUUCCGAGUCGCUUCCAUAGCGUUCAAUUUGGCCUACCAUAGGCAACAUGCUAGCUAAGUCGCUAGCCACCAUUCAAGAAUUUAGAGAUAAGAAAUUGUAAUUAAUUUUCGUCGGCGUUUGUACAUAAAUAACAGUAUUAUGUUUAUCAAUAUUAUAUUAAUUGAUUUGAAACGACCCCCGACGUUCGGACGUUGAUUGUGUACCGUGUAAUUAUUUAAGCUACUCACCAUAGUCAGCUGCCACCACAUCUACCGCACACUUGGUGUAUUUGCAUAGUGUAAUAAAAAUAUUGAAUUUUUAUCGCUUUUGCCGAUGCGAUGGGUUCCCGUUUAGAAUAACUAAUAGCCGCUAUAACUUAAUUUAGAAAGGCGCGGAAAGAGUGAUGAAACACUUCGAUUCGUCUGGCAAAAACAUAUCUAUUUAAAUAACCCAUACCUAAUAUAAUAUAAUAUAGCUAACCGAUUAACGACCUUUCAAAAUAAUAUCUAUAAAACUUUGAAUGGUCUAUAAUGCGCCGGCAAAAAGAUCUUUUAACUAUUACUAAUUAAAAAAUAUACUUUUUAAAAUGACCCAUAUAACAAAAAAUUAGCAUAUUUAAAUGUGAUCAAACAAUACCUAUUAUAACUUAUUAUUAAAGAAAAACGAAUACCGCCAUUUGUUAUUAUGCUUAGAUUGUUACUUGGAUUGAACAGAUUAAAAUAGGAUUGAAUCUUGAUUUAUGAGCAAAUUACCUUAGACUAGCAUAAAAUAAAUUAUACUUUCUAAUCUGAUUUCCCAUUUGGGAGGGUCUCGAGUGUAUAUAACACACCUACUUUUAAAAAUAUAUCAACUUCACAAAUUGCUUACGUUCCUUACACUAAGUUACAUAAGAGGAGAUACUUACUUAAUAGUAUUUUUGUUAUUAAAGCCCUUCACUUUUUAACAAAAUUGUACCCCCCUAAAAACCCCAUUUUAAAAUGUUGGCCCUUUUUGAUCGAAUAGAUUAUAUUUGUUUAUUGAAUACAUAAUCGUAUAUAAUUAAUAAAAGUUUCUUUCCAAUUCAACUCAUAUUGUAAUCGAAGUGAAAUAUUUUAUUUUUAAU